GGGGCGGGCGCAGGGCGGCGGCGGCGGCGGGCCCCGGGAUCGGAAUCGGCCCCGGGAUCGGGAUGGCGGGGCCGGGGCUGGAGCGGUACCGGCUGGCGCUGCUGGCGGCGCGGGAGGACGUGGGGAACCCCCGGGUUGCGACCGACUGGGCCGUCUUUGGCUAUGAGAAGCACCACGACCUCAAGCUCUUGGAUUCCGGAGCCGGGGGGCCGGAUGAGCUCGCUGGAAAAUUCUCUGUGGGCAGCGUCAUGUACGGGCUGUGCCGGGUCCCCGAUCCUGGUUCCGGCACCCCGAGAAUCGUCCUCAUCAGCUGGGUCGGGGAAAAUGUGCCGGAAUCGCAGCGGGCGGCGUGUGCCGGACACCUGCCGGCCAUCCGGAACUUCUUCAGGGAGGCCACGGCGGUGAUCAGCGCCCGCCGCUCCGAGGAGGUGACGCUGGAGGGGCUGCGCCGAGUGCUGGCACAGCUGGAGCCCCCCGCCCCUCGGCCCCCCAGGAGAACACCCCAGGACACCCAGGAGCUGGUGGGAACCAACUACCGCAAGACCAACCCGGCGCUGGAGCUCCAGCGCACCCAGCGCGAUUCCUUCUGGGAACAGGCUGAGCGCGAGGAGCAGCAGCGGAAGGAGCAGGAGCGGCAGCGGGAGCGGGAGCAGCGGCGGCGCUGGGAGCGGGAGCGCAUGGAGGAGGAGCGGCUGCAGGCGGCGGAGCGGGAGCGGCGGCUGCAGGAGCGGGAGCGGCUCAUCGAGGAGCGGCGGCAGGAGCAGGCGCGCCUGGACGCGGAGGAGCGCAGGAAGGAGCAGGAGCGAUGGGAGCAGCAGCAGCGGGAGCAGGAAGCRGCCGAGCGGGAGCGCGGGGGCCGCAGCGGGGUCAGCGGGACGGCGGCCGAAGCCGCCAUCCUGGUCUCCCAGCGCACCCAGAACCCCCGGGAAUUCUUUCGGCAGCGGGAGCGCUCGGGGUCCACCUCCACGUCCCCGCUGCCCGGCAGCACCCCCGGUGCUCGCCGGCCCUUCCUGCGGUACCAGCGCAGCCUGACUGAAUCCGCCUUCAUCUUCCGCCGGCCGGAGCCCCUCCAGAAUCCCCCGCCCGGAGCCUCCGGGGGGGCACCGCUCCCCAGCCCCCGCCGGCCRCCRCCGCCUCUGCCCCCYGGCCCCGCGGGGACAGGGACCCCUCAAUGUGGCCCCGCCAGCUCCAUGGGGAGGGGCACCCCUCCUGCUACUCUGGGGACCCCCCCCAGCCCGGCCCGAGCAGGGUCCCCCCAUGCCACCAGUCCUGUGAGGACGGGGACCCCCCAAAGUGCCACCACCAGGAGCCCCCUCAGCCCUGUGGGGACAGGGACCCCACAAUGUGGCACCCUGGGGACCCCCUCCAGCCCRGCCCGAGCRGGGUCCCCCCUUGCCACCAGCUCUAUGGGGWCGGGGACCCCACAAUGUGGCACCCUGGGGACCCCCUCCAGCCCAGCCCGAGCGGGGUCCCCCCUUGCCACCAGCCCUAUGGGGACAGGGACCCCCCAGGCUGCCACCACCAGGUCAGGGUCGCCCCCUGCCAUGCCAGGGCCUCCUCCCAGCCCCCCCCGGAUGGGGGUCCCCCCUGGCCCCUCUGGCUCGGGGUCUUCCGAAAGCACUUAUGGGGUAGAGCCCCUCCCUCCUUCCAGCACUCCCGGCUUGGAGUCUCCCCCCAGGCCCCCCCGGGAUGAGGAGGGGCCCCUCCCGGACACUCCCCCCCUCCCCAGCCCCCCGGCAUGGGAAUCUCUGGGGCCGCUGGUUGAGGGGGUCCCCAGCCCGCGGGAGGGGUCCCCAAUACCCCCUCCCGGGCCCCCCCUGAGGUGCCCCAGUCCCCCCCGCCCGGUGCAGGACCCUCAGGAUUUGGGGCGCAAUGGAGUCGGGGGGCACGAGUGGGGGGGCUGGGAGACCCCCUGGGAGCCGGGACUGCCCUCGGGACAGGGGGACGAGCCCAGCGAGAGCAUGGUCCUGCACAAAGCCACGCCAGGCUUUGCGCUGCUGCUGGCCCGUGACGCCCCCCACCCACCGCUGUUGGGGGGUCCCAGCCCCCCCACCGAGGACGAGGACCUCUCCCCCCAUGCUGUGUAGCGGGGGGGGGGUAGCCCAGCACCCCUUUUUUGGGGGCAUCCCCCUAUGGCACCGGGAUGGACGCCCCCUCCCCACACACACCCCCUGCACAGCCUCCACCCCCCCACUUGCACCCCAAAAUGAGCAGCUUGGGGAGGGGGCAGCACCCAAAGACCCCCCCCCCCGCUGGUGGCAGCACAAGAUGGGGGGGCACGGACCCCCCCACGCGGGCACAGGGACCCCCACGCCCCCCGCCCCCCAAAUCACACACAGCAGCUGUUAAAUAAAUUUUAAUGCAAAUUA